UUCACACGUGUGGCAUCCCCUCCCCCGGCGCCUCUCUCUACUGAUAUAUUUUUUUUAACCCCUUUCACCUUCGAAAAAUCAACUAGUCUCUACACCCAUCUGGCCAUCUCCAUGAUCUCCUUUUUCCCCCUUUCCCCCACGCAUGGCAUGCCCAUGAAUCCAUGAUGGUCGAAUGGUGGUCGAAUCGAAGUCAAGCUAUGAGGAGUAUCGGUGACAGAGGCUGGAAGAGAACAAGAGGAGACUAGAGGAGCUGAAUCUAGGGAAGCUCGCUGAAGUUCUCAAGGCCUCGAGCCCUAAGCCCUCUCUGGUGAAGCGGGUAAGCUGUCAGGGCUACUUGGGCAUCGAGUGCUCCGGGACCAUCAUAGCCGUCGGAAAAAGCGUUUUCCGCUGGAAAAUCGGCGACCAGGCUUUGCACGUUACAACAUUGUUAUGGCUUGACUUUCAUCAUUGUUGUUGUUGGGAGUUUUGGAGGAUCUUGUUAAGAGAAAGAGUCUACACUAAAAGCUGUUGCAGUGACUAACUUUAUGAGAGCGCUGGAGACAGCAGACUAUUUCUCAUAGGCCCACUAUGUUUGGUAUUUCCUACGGAGAGCUCUUCCUCUUGGUCGGUGCCACCGCUGCUCUAGUCGGCCCAAAGGAUCUUCCGCUUAUUGCUAGAACUGCUGGAAGGUUAGCGGGUCGGGCAAUCGGGUACGUUCAAUUAGCUCGUGGGCAAUUCGAGAAUGUUAUGCAGCAGUCUCAAGCUCGCCAGGUUCACAAAGAACUUCAAGAUACAAUGGCACAACUAGAGGCUAUUCGUUAUGAAAUUCGAAGUAUCUCUCUCAUUAAUCCCGGUCCUUUGACCCGAAGGCUGACGGACAAUCCUGAAGAUCUUGCUCCUAACAGAAAUUCUGGCGACGGUUUGUCUGAGAAGUGUGAAGAAGAGCAGAAGCCAACAAAUGCUGUGAUGAAGGAUUUUAGCUUCAAAGCCUUAGGUUCAGUUGAUUUGCAUAGCCAAGCAACUGCAUAUGCCAGAUUGGCUGAAUCUGAAGCCAUAAACACUGGUUCAUUGGAGAGUAGUACAGAAAAAGAGAACCUUAAUGAUGAAGCUAGUCUCUUCACUAUCCUUCCAGUUUCAGCUAAAAGCACUGGGAUGCUAGCAGAAAGAAAGGGAAGUGCAAAAGGAGCAGACAUUGUUUUGGAAGCAGUAGUUGAAGCAGAGGUAGCACGUAAUGCAAAAGAUUUCUUUUCACAGCCCCAAAAUCAAAUACAGUGAAUAGGUAGGUAGUUGUGCCUUUAGAUCUCCUGACAAAAGAUCUAGUGACUGCAUUAUUCAUGUUCCAGAAUUUCUAGUGAAUUAUCUAUACGAGAAUGUAUAUUUUAUUUUUUUGAUGAGUAUUCAUAAUGUGGCUGCUGGGAGAAUGUAUAUUUUAUUGUUAAUACUUACCCUUACCAUGAAUGUUUUGCUUGCUGUCACUGGCUCUAA